AUGUCUGCCAUGAGGCUGAUUUCUAACAGAACCUCCCAGCAGGCCCUGUCUAACUCUGAUUACACCUGGGAGUACGAGUACUAUGAGUAUGGACCAGUGUCGUUCGAAGGCCUGAAGGCUCAUAAAUAUUCCAUUGUGAUUGGAUUUUGGGUUGGUCUUGCAGUUUUUGUCAUCUUCAUGUUUUUUGUCCUGACCCUGCUGACGAAGACAGGAGGACCACAUCAAGACAAUGCAGAACCUUCGGAAAGAAGAUUUCGCAUGAAUAGCUUUGUGGCAGAUUUUGGAAGGCCUCUGGAGUCGGAGAAGGUCUUUUCUCAUCAAAUAGCUGAAGAAUCCCGGUCACUUUUCCAUUUCUGUAUUAAUGAAGUGGAACAUUUGGACAAAGCAAGACAAAGUCAGAAAGGUCCGGAUCUGGAGAGUAGUAUUCACUUCAAGGAAGGUCCCAGGAGCAGUGGGAUGUUUGAGGAGGACCUAAAUUGCCUUACAAAAUUUAACAUUCCUAACUUUGUGAACACUGAACAGAACUCUUCACUAGGUGAGGAUGAUCUCCUCAUCUCAGAGCCACCAAUCAUUUUAGAAAGCAAAUCAGUCAUGCAAUCUUCCCAUCGGAUCCUUGAUUGA